AUGGGCCGAGAUCUUCAAAAACGCAAGAACAGGUCGUCGAGGCCAACCGUGAGGCAACCAAACAGGCUCAAGAAGCCACUCAACCCCCUCGGCAACAGCCUCAUCGCAAAGAACUGGAACAAGAAAGAAACCCUCUCCCAAAACUACCGCCGCCUCGGCCUCACUGCAAAACUCGGCAAGGCCACCGGCGGCGUCGACCCGGCGACAAAGGUGUCCGCGCCCAACGGCGGCGCCCAGGACCCCCUCGCCGUGACGCCGACUAGCGGCGCCGGCGCCGCGUUCCGGAGCGUCAAGGUGGAGCGCGACGCGGACGGCAAGAUCGUGCGGGUCCUGCGCAAGGACAACCCGCUCAACGACCCGCUGAACGACAUCGAGUCCGACGACGAGGGAGACGCCGACGACGAGGAGGCGGAGGAGAGCGCAGAGGCCACGAAGAGCGCCGCCGGCGGGGCGAGAGCGACAAAGGUGGUGGACCUGCUCGAGGCCGAGGCCAGCCGGCCCACCGAGGCGCACAAGCGGCACCAGUCGCAGCAGGAGCGCGAGUGGCUGGCGCGGCUGGUGGCGCGGCACGGCGACGACACGGCGGCGAUGGCGAGGGACUUCAAGCUGAACCCCAUGCAGCAGACCGCGGCCAACAUCCGGAAGAGGUUGAGGGUUUACAAGGCGGAUCAGCAGAAUUGA